AAUUGCAUAACUUUUCCCCCCAAAAGCUUCUUUGUCUCCACUUCAUUAUUUUCCCAGUAAAGGCCAUGUCUGCCUGGGGCCAGCAGUAAUUUGAUUAAUCCACCGAAGGAGUAGCCAGACGUGCUGUAGAUUCUACCGGGAGAAAGGCUGAACAGCUGUCGAAGAGAUGGAGACCUUAGUCUUUUUAUUUUCAUUUUCUGCCCUCGGCAUUCUUUAUGCCAUGAACACCAUUCCUGAGUUUCAAGAGCCUUAUACGAUCUUGGCGACUGGCGUCGCCGUGUUGGUGGUCGUGUUUCUGUUCUACUUCCUCAUCACUCGUGGCAACCCACCUAAAGAUGCCUUAUUCUUUGUUUUUGCUGUUUUUUCCUUUACUUGUGUCAUUGACCUGGUGAGUGCCUUGGAACAUGAUGGCAUUGUCUCCGGCUUUAUGGAAUUCUAUCAAAAGACAGGGGAACCCUAUCUGGGGACAGCCUAUGGCAUCAUGAUGUGUUACUGGGAUGGAAUAGUGCACUUUAUUAUGUACCUGAUGAUGAUCAGCAGGAUAACAGACAGGAAAGCCUACCGUACCCUGGGCUUGUUCUGGGCUGGCUCUUUGUCUGCCAACAUGACUGUGUUCAUUGCUGGUAUACUGGCAGGUAAAUAUGGGUCAGAGAUCCGUCCAGCCUUCUGGAUCAACUUUCUCUUCCUUUUGAUGCCUGUAUGGGGAGCCAUUACACUGUUCAUCAGGCCCAAGGACAGACCACUAAUCGGUGGAUACAAUGCCCAGCAUGCUCAGAGCAUGAAGCUGAUCUGGCGUCCCUCGGAUAUUAUCCUGGUGGUACUCCUGUUAGCUGCCAUGGCAUUCACCGCACUCAGAGGCUUGGCGGCUCUGGACUCUCCACUCGAAGCCUGUUCCAUCUACCUGAAAAACUAUGAACCCUACCUGAAGGAUCCUGUGGGCUACCCCAAAGUGAUGAUGCUGUACUUGUUCUUCUAUGGACUCCCUCUGUUGGGUGCAUUUGUUUACGGUCUCCUCAAACCCGGGUGCUCGUGGAUGUCAGACUGGACUGUGUUCUUAGCUGGAGCCAUGAUCCAGUGCCAGUGGGCCCACAUUGGGGGGUCCCUCCACCCUCGUACUACAGCUCCAUUUCGUAUCCCAGAUGAUGCUUUCUGGUGUGUGCUGGCAGCUAACUUGCUUUACACACUUACUCCCAUCAUGGUGGUCUCGCGGGUUUACAGUAACCACUAUUUCUUCCUGAAGAUUGCCCCGUUUCCUGGGCAGACAGGUUUGCCAAACAGCGAGGAAAAAGAUACUAAGUACAAAGACAAAUAGUAAUUCUUAAGGUAAUUACUUAUUACCUUAAGGGUUCAUGAAGAGCUGUUUAAGGUCAAAUGCCAAAAUACAAGAUUAAUUUGCUC